CAUGGGUCUGGUUUGUUGAUGAGUACUGGGGUAGUCCUAAACAAGAGCGUAUUAGCAAAAUUAAUACAGAGAACAAGCUAAGGCUAACGGAAACACCAGCCAAUGGUUCAAGGUCUACAGCAAGAAUAUGCUAUGACAUGAUGAAUGAGCCACCUGUGUUUUCCACGCAAGAUCUUGAAGGAUCAUCAGAACCUGUUGAAGUGGAACAAGAACCCAUCUAUCUCAGAUUGUUUGAGAAGACCAAAAAGGAAGUAUAAUUUACCCGAGAAGGUUGGUGGUGCUAAUGUAGUUGAAGCAUUGAGCUUUCAGUGCUCUAUUUUAUAUAGACAUUGGAGAUUCAGGCUCAAGGAAGCACAUUAUAGAGGCAAGACAAAGGCACAGGCAAGAGCCAAUAAACCUUCGACUGUUGAUAAGGAAGCAUGGGUCUGGUUUGUUGAUGAGUACUGGGGUAGUCCUAAACAAGAGCGUAUUAGCAAAAUUAAUACAGAGAACAAGCUAAGGCUAACGGAAACACCAGCCAAUGGUUCAAGGUGUACAACAAGAAUAUGCUAUGACAUGAUGAAUGAGCCACCUGUGUUUUCCACGCAAGAUCUUGAAGGAUCAUCAGAACCUGUUGAAGUGGAACAAGAACCCAUCUAUCUCAGAUUGUUUGAGAAGACCAAAAAGCAUAAGAAAAAGGAUGGAGGUUCUGGUUGGGAGCCAAUUGCUGAAAAAAUUUAUGAAGAACUCAAAAAACUUCAUGAAACUCAGAUUGAGGAGCAUGGUAAGGAUACACUCAGUGUCAAAGAUGCUUACAUUAAGGUUUUAAAACCUAAAUCAGGGUAUUUAAAAGGACUUGGUCCUGGAGCUCGACCACCUAAAAAAGGUAGAAAUGGAGAGAACAAUGAACGAGUGGAGCUCUCUACCCAAGUUGACACACUUACUGCAUCAAAUGAGGAGUUGAGAGUAUCAAAUGAGCAGCUUAAAGCAUCUAAUGAGGAGUUCAAAGCUUCCAAUGAGGAGCUUAAAGUAGAAUUUGCUAGAAUGAACAAAGAAGCUAUUGAACGUGAACAGAAACUGAGAGAAGAUAUGCUGAAAAUGUUCGAGGACAUGAGGAACAAUGGAUCAAGAACAUCGUCCUAAUUUGGGUCGAGGAGAGCUCUUUGAAAUAUGAUCGAGCAUUCGAGUUUGCCGUAUAUGAACUCCUUAGACUACACCUAGUGUUAAUUCCAAACUUUUAGUUUUAGAUAUAUAUCCAAACUUUUAGUUUAAUUCCAAACUUUUGCAUACAAUGUUAGAGUGAAAUGUAUGAAUUUUUUUUUUAUUUUAUUUAUAUAAAUAUGUACUUUUUAUU